AUGUUGAGCGGAAUUUUGGUCGUUGGGGCCCUCUGGGGCGUCACUACGCCGCUGCUGCGCUUGGAGAGCUUGGAGCAGCAGCAGCAGCAGCAGCAGCAGCAGCAGCAGCAGCAGCAGAGAAAGGGGAGCACUAAAUAUCCGCUGCUGCUGCAGCUGCUCCGAAGGUGGCGAUUCCUGGCGCUGUACCUCCUCAACCAGUUGGGCUCCGUCGUCUUCUUUAUCCUUCUUGGCACAUACGAAGUGAUGGUGACUUCGCCCUUGGCAAACGGCCUGGCUUUUUUUUUCACUUUUUUGACGGAGGCCUUUUUGGCGAGGCGGUGGCCUAAAAAAAGUAAUUUAAUUUAUUUAAAUUAA